UAUCUUAGUGUAAUGACAUACUAGGCGGGAAACCGCAAAACGCCAAAAGUAGCGGGAAUGAAAACCGCUUUCUGGUCUGAUGACAUACUGUCGCCCGCGCGGCGGUGGAUGGCGGCGCGACAAGGGGGAGAGGCCUGAAUGGCCACAUUCUACUUUUGUCAUCAGUUGUAGAGCUUAGCUUUGAAGUAUGGAGCUCGCACAUUUUGUUAACGUAGCAACUGUUUGUGCUGCUGAAGCUGAAGGCCUGUUGGAGAAACCACGAAGUCGCAGAUAUGCAGUGCACCCGUAUAACAAUGAACGUUCAAGGAAGUGCCCCAAAUUUUUGGAAGACAUCAGAAAGCAUCCCGAUAAAUUUUUUGAGUACUAUCGCAUGUCAAUUGCGUCAUUCGAUGAACUACUUGGAGCUCUACGUCCACUUAUUACGAAACAGGAGACUUCUUUCAAAAAGCCAAUUAGCGCAGAAGAAAGGUUGACUGUCACACUCAGCUAUUUACCAGUGAAAUCAAACACAAGUCGCUCCUACCAUUUGAGAGCUAAGCUGUCAACAGAGAGACCCAAUUUGUGCGUUAAAGCCUUCCAGUGUAAACAAGGAGCUUGCAGAUGAUUUCAGGAGACCGCCGUCUCCCUCAGCCAUAACAUUGGAACAAAUAAAGGAUAUCCCCCAUGCCUAAGCAGAGGGUGUUCGUAGGCACGUUACGUGGGGUAUUAAUACUGCAACACGAGAUCCCCAGAGGGUCUCGGGAAGAACUUUUAUUUGUGGGAACAACCAAUAUGCGGGCUGUAGAUCAAAUAUGUGGAAGACGUACAAGUGCACAUAGAAGAAUAGGUUCAAAGAUACAAAAAUACAGGGGUCGAGGGAAUAAAGCAGUUAGAGGUACUGACAGUAUUGUAUAAAUAUUUAAAUUGAUCUGGUGGAUUUUUUCUGGAAGUAUUGCAGUACGUGACAGUAUGCCAUUUUGGAGCAAGAUUUGUUUUGGGAAGGAAUAAUGGCCAAAAACACGGGAUGCUUUUAUAGUAAGACUUGCCUAAUAAAUGAAGCCAGACGGGGUAUUAUUGUUUCUAAACAGAAACUUUACGAAGAGAACUAGUUGUUGGUUACUAUAAAUAUGUGGUAUCUGUGGGCAGAUUUAUAAUAUACUCUCAAUUAUAAAAGGUGUCACAAUUUUUACCAAGACAUCAAACUUGUUUCAGGAAAAGUACAUCAUUCAGAAAAUUGAAAAAAUAGAUAAGCUACGUUUGAGCCGACGGAGAUCAAAAUCUUUUGAAAAAAAAUAUAUAAUAUAUACACAAUAGCUC